CCUCCCUGAAGUAAUUACUUUGAACAGAAAUGCUGCAAUGAAUGGACGAGAAUGCGUAGCAACCAUGUUAUCGGUUGCAACAGACUACAACGUAAUUCUUCAAAACAAAUUGAAAGCGAUGCAAACUUCUGAAAUCAAAUUCUAUUAUGCAGACAUAUACACACCUCUUCUUGACAUGAUUCAAUAUGGAAAAAGCAAACUUGGUUUUGAAGAGGUGAGUACCGGAUGUUGUGGAACUGGAUAUAUUGAAGCAUCAAUACUAUGCAACAUGAACUCAGCUAUAUGUGACGAUGCAUCAAAAUAUGUGUUCUGGGACGCUGUUCACCCAACGGAAAAAGCUUAUUACUAUGUAUUUACAACCAUCCGUCCGGUGGUUGAUACAGUCUUGAAUGAUUACUAAACUAAAUUAAAUGAUUUAAUUAUUAAACAAGAUGGUAGGUCUCUAGUUUCUUUUUAAAUGCUUGUUAAUGUGGUGCUUAGUGUUAUAAUAUGUGUAUGUAAUAUAUCCGGCCCACUCUCGGUUUGCAUAACAUUUUGCUGUAUACCAUAAGUUGUCUAAACGAUCC